AUGCGGAGGGGUCGACAGAAGACCACCGUCUGCGGGGGUCGUGGGUCUGACUCUGGUAAAAAACUCCGGAAAGAACACCCCUCCACAUUCACGGUGAGUGAUAAGAGGGUGUCGAGGAACCACGUCAUUUUGGAGAACUGCAAUGGUCAGCUGCGUCUGAAGCCCACACACCUGAAUCCAUGUUUUAUUCAGACGAGCAUUGUGGCCUCCCCUCAACCGCUGGAGAAAGACCAGUGGCACUCUCUGCGGAAGGGAGACAUCUUCUCUCUCAUGCCCAGGAAGUAUGUGUACAGAGUGCAUGUCAAGGAACAGGAUGAAAUCCAGAGGAACAGCCAGACGUUUGAGGAGCUGGAGGUGGAGAAGCGUCUGACCGAACCAGCAGAGAUCUCUGAAAAAGAGUCACCAGCACUUCAGUCCAAGACCCAGAGCUCCACACUCCCAGGAGAUACAGGACAGGAUGCUUUCAAUUGUUCUUCACACAAUUCGUUCUCUUUAAAAGAGGAACGCACAGCAUGCAAACAGGGGGACUCUAAUCUGCCACAGAUGAAGCAGGUCCUGCCAGCCUGGAUGAUGACUUCAGAUUCAGUUACCAAAAGCCAGUCAUCUGCCAAAGCAGGUGCGAGCAGCUCAGUGAGAGGGACCCCAUCACAACCCAAACGCACAACUGGACCCAAACAAGCUCGCACCACACAGCUCUCAUCAGAGAAGGACGAAAAGGAAGAGACGCCCAAAAGUAAAGCAAAGAAACUGUAAAGUGAAUCUGAAGAUGAGUUGGAAUCUCUGCAUGAUGCUACAGCACCCAGGAGUAGUAGAGUGGCAUCAGUACCGGACGUACGGAACCAAGAGUGGGACAGCAGCAGUGUGAUGGAAAGUGACGAUGGUAGGAGAAGUGUAAGUGACAGGGGAGUCAAUGUCAGACAAGGAGUUCUAGCUGAAGGGUCAAAGGUACCAACAGAAGAUUCCAGUGAUUCGCAGGGACCCUCGCAGACUAAAAUUCAUGGGUCAAAGGUCACGGAGUCCGAGAGCACAAGAAGAACCAGUAAGGUGAAAAAACGACAGCGGACACCUUGUCCUUACGGCAGCUCCUGCUACAGAAAAAAUCAUUUCCACCUUCAGGAGUGCAGUCACCCUGGAGACAGUGACUAUGAGGAAGAGGAGGCAGAUGAUGAUGGUGAUGAUGACAGGCCAGAGUGCCCAUAUGGAACCCACUGCUACAGGAAGAAUCAACAGCACAUGAAAGACUACCAACACACUAAAUCUCCAUGCUCAUUCCCAACCUCCCAUCUGUCACUGUACAAUCAGAAGGACAAAGCCAUUAGAUCAGGAGACUCUCCUCAACCACCACCAGUCUGCAGCAUCCACAUGGAUGAUGCUACGGUAUCCACAGUGAGCCAGUAUUCUCAACACACACCACUUAUUGGUGGAGAGGAGAGAGUUGAGUUAUAG